GUCCCAGAAGACGCUGCGCCAUUCACAAAGCGCAGCGCUUCUCAGGCAUGCACAGUCUGCAGUCUCUGGUCAUCUCCUGUACUGUGUCUGCAGUCUCUGGUCAUUCCCUGUACUGUGUCCGCAGUCUCUGGUCAUCUCUUGUACUGUGUCCGCAGUCUCUGGUCAUCUCCUGUACUGUGUCCGCAGUCUCUAGUCAUCUUCUGUACUGUAUCCACAGUCUCUGGUCAUCUCCUGUACUAUGUCCACAGUCUCUGAUCAUCUCCUGUACUGUAUCCGCAGUCUCUGGUCAUCUCCUGUACUGUGUCCGCAGUCUCUGGUCAUCUCCUGUACUGUGUCUGCAGUCUCUGGUCAUCUCCUGUACUGUGUCCGCAGUCUCUGGUCAUCUCCUGUACUAUGUCCGCAGUCUCUGAUCAUCUCCUGUACUAUGUCCGCAGUCUCUGGUCAUCUCCUGUACUAUGUCCGCAGUCUCUGAUCAUCUCCUGUACUAUGUCCGCAGUCUCUGGUCAUCUCCUGUACUAUGUCCGCAGUCUCUGAUCAUCUCCUGUACUAUGUCCGCAGUCUCUGGUCAUCUCCUGUAGUAGGUCUGCAGUCUCUGUUCAUCUCCUGUACUGUGUCUGCAGUCUCUGGUCAUUUUCUGUACUACGUCUGUAGUCUUGGU